GAAUCGCUUCCUUUGCGCUUGCGCGCUCUGUAUUUUAUUGAUGUGAAUGUCCCGUUCCUUCUUUUGCAAGAUUGUCCCCAAAGUUCCUACUGUCAUUCGCUUCAUGUCUCGUUCACCUCCAACCGCACCGCCCCCGCCUGGCCCCCGGCUCCCACGUACAGUCUUAGGUACUAUGGAGUUCGGGCGCCGCAUGGACGCGCAGGCAAGUGGGGCGGCAGUGCGCGAGUUCAUCCAGCGCGGGCAUGAUGAACUGGACACUGCCUUUAUGUAUGCAGACGGCGAGACCGAACGGGUGCUGGGUACCCUAGGCCUCGGGGCUGAAGUUAAACUGGCUACUAAAGCAAAUCCUUGGGAGGGGAGGAGCCUCAAGCCAGAGAGUUUGCGUCAGCAAUUGGAGACCUCGCUGCAGCGUCUACAGAAGUCCAGUGUGCACCUGUUCUACCUGCAUGCCCCUGAUCACCAGACCCCUGUGGAAGAGACGCUUGCCGCCUGCCAAGAGCUUUAUAAAGAGGGCAAGUUUAAGGAGCUGGGUCUAUCUAAUUAUGCAGCAUGGGAGGUGAUGGAAGUUUAUUAUAUCUGUAAACACAGAAACUGGGUGCUGCCUACAGUAUACCAGGGUAUGUACAAUGCCACAACUCGACAAGUUGAGACUGAGCUACUGCCGUGCCUGAGACAGCUGGGGAUGCGGUUCUACGCCUAUAACCCACUAGCCGGGGGGCUUCUCACUGGUAAAUAUCAGUAUGAAGAUAAGGAUAAAAAACAAAACCCUGGUAGAUUCUUUGGGAACAAUUGGGCUGAAGCAUACAGGAAUAGAUACUGGAAGAAGUACCAUUUCCAGGCAAUUGAUGUGGUACAAAGGGCAUUGGAUGAGGCUUAUGGGGCAGAGAAACCAAGCCUGACGUCAGCUGCUAUCCGCUGGAUGUAUCAUCACUCUCAGCUGCAGGGCAGCCGUGGAGAUGGAGUAAUUUUAGGCAUGUCUAGCGUAGAGCAACUUCGUGAGAACCUGGCUUGCACCGAGGAAGGUCCCCUCUUGCCCCAAGUGGUCACAGCUUUUGAUGAGGCCUGGAAACUUGUUGCUCAUGACUGCCCUAACUACUUUCGUUAAGAGUAUGAAAGGUGGAACCACAGAUGAAUCAUUAAUUUGCUUAAUUACAAGUGAUUUGUAAAAGUUUGCACACUCAAAUUGUACCUUUAUGUUCGAGAGAACCCGGACAGGAUAUAAAGUAUAAAACAAGUCUGGUCUGCACUGUGUGACAGUAUCCAUUCGCCAUGCUAGAGGAAUCAGCAGUUGUCUGCCAGAUAGGCAUCUGUAAGGUUGAACAUACUAAUGUAGUUCAGGUGAAAUUAAAUUGUAGAAAAAUAAAGCACUUAUGAAUCAA